CUACUAACUGCCGCUCAGGGCAUUGUCGCAGCCUCGGCAGGCUGUGGUAAGAAUCCCAUCCAGAGCGGCGUCAAGACUCUCGCGGUUGCUGGCCAGCAGCGUCAGUACACGCUGAAAAUCCCCGGCAACUACAACCGCAACCAGCCCUACAAGCUCAUCUUUGGCUACCACUGGCUUGGUGGAUCCAUGCAGAAUGUAGCUGGAGGAGGCUACUACGGCCUCGAGAGCCUGGCCCAGGGCUCUGCCAUCUUCGUUGCUCCCCAAGGCUUGGAUGCCGGUUGGGCGAACACUAAUGGAAACGACAUCACGUUUACUGACCAGAUCCUCGAUGCCGUCAAGUCCAACCUUUGUAUCGAUGAGCAGCAAAUCUUCGCCACUGGCUUCAGCUACGGCGGUGCCAUGUCCUUCUCCGUUGCUUGCUCCCGACCUGACGUCUUCAAGGCCGUUGCUGUCAUCUCUGGUGCUCAGCUUAGCGGAUGCAACGGAGGCACCAAGCCUGUUCCCUACCUUAGUAUUCACGGCGUGGCCGAUAGCGUCCUUCCCAUCGACCGUGGCCGAGCCCUGCGAGACAAGUUCCUCCAGCUCAAUGGCUGCCAGUCCAAGAACGCCCCCGAGCCCGCCCGCGGCUCCGGCUCCCAUAUCAAAACCACCUACGAGUGCAGCCGAGCUCCCGUCACCUGGAUUGCCCACAGCGGUGACCACGUCGCCGACCCCCGCGAUAACAAUAGCGGCACCUGGGCUCCCGGAGAGACCUGGACCUUUUUCAACAAUGCU